AUGUCGAAAGCCCAGAAGGCGUUUCUUGACCGUGUUAUAAGGGUGGACCAAGCAGGCGAGUUAGGCGCCAACUACAUCUACAUGGGACAAUACGGUGUUUUAUCCCUGAAAUACCCCCACUUGAAGCCUAUCUUGAAACACAUGUGGGAGCAAGAGAUCUACCACCAUGAUAAUUUUAACCGUCUUCAGACAGAAAGGCGGGUGAGACCCUCGCUUUUCACACCUUUGUGGAAAAUCGGAGCAGUAGCUAUGGGGGCAGGGACUGCUCUCAUCAGUAAAGAAGCUGCCAUGGCAUGCACAGUUGCUGUAGAGACUGUCAUAGGUGGGCAUUACAACCAGCAGCUCCGCGUUUUGAUGAAGCAGUACAAUAUCGACGCUUUUGAUAAAAAGACCGGUGAGCUACUUCUGCCCGAGCAAUUGACUGAGGCUGCACGCACGUCGCCUGAGCUUUCUAAGUUAAAAGAUAUGAUCAGUACAUUUAGGGAUGACGAACUAGAGCAUUUGGACACUGCCGUUGAAAAUGAUGCUGAGAAAGCAGUGCCAUACAUCUUGCUCACGGAAACCAUCAAGUUGGUUUGCAGGGGUGCCAUCUGGACAGCCGAGAGAGUAUGA